CCAAAUCCCUCUGCUGUUCCUUCAGCCUUCGGGUUCCAAAGAUGCUGUCUGCAAUUUCUCGUCCCUCUUUCCUUUAUUAACACAAAAGUUCGAUUUCAUAUUCCGUCGCAGUGCAAUCUCCUCAAUAUACAUCUUUAGCUAAGCCAUGUCGGCCCAAUCGAGAGGCCUUGUUUCUCGUUUCCACCAUCUUCUUUCGCUCAGUACUAAAACAACAUCGCCAUCAGCAGCAUCAUCCCUGUACUACUUCGUUAGGAGGUUUAGCACCGAUUCUCUACUCGAUGGUUACGAGAUCCAAAACCGAGAGUCUCGGAUCAUUGAGCCAAAGCCCGGCAUCAUGACCCCUAAUUCUAAGCGAACUGGUUUGAUUGCUCUCAAGUGUGGAAUGUCUGCUCUUUGGGAUAAAUGGGGCGAAAGGAUUCCCAUCACUGUCCUUUGGGUUGACGAUAACAUCGUUACUCAGGUCAAGACUGUUGAGAAGGAAGGCCAUUUUGCCUUACAGAUUGGUUAUGGGCAGAAGAAGGCUAAACAUUUGACGAAGCCUGAAGUGGGUCAUUUUAGAGCUCAAGAUGUUCCAUUGAAACGGAAGCUGAAAGAAUUUCCUGUCACAGAAGAUGCGCUUCUCCCUGUUGGUACUUCCAUUGGCGUUCGUCAUUUCGUUCCCGGUCAAUUCGUUGAUGUCACGGGAAUCACCAGAGGAAAAGGAUUUCAGGGUGUUAUGAAAAGACAUGGAUUUAAAGGAAUGCCUGCAAGUCAUGGUGCAUCACUAUCACAUCGAAGUCUUGGCUCUACUGGUCAGAGGGAUGCACCUGGUAAGGUAUUUAAAGGCAAAAAGAUGCCUGGUCGCAUGGGUGCGGAGCAGAGAACAGUUAAAAAUGUAUGGGUCUACAAAAUAGAUCCAGCAAGGAAUUUGAUGUGGGUGAGAGGCCAGGUUCCUGGUGCCGAAGGAAACUUUGUAUUUAUAAAAGAUGCUGUUUACAAGAAACCUGAUGUUUCUAUGCUUCCAUUCCCUACUUACUUUGCGGCAGAAGAUGAAACUUCAGAACCUCUGGUUGCUGAGCUUGGAGAAAUAGAUCCAUUUAUGGCUGCAGAUUAAUUGGCAAUAGAGGUCGGUUUGGGCUUAAUCGCCUUGCAGUCAGUACUUUUUACAUCAAAUACACAGGUAGCAUUAGAGGAUUGUAUUCUGGGCAAUUUGCUGAGGCUGUUAAUCCAGUUAUUUUUUUGUUGGAGGACUGCAGCUGCAGGGCACAUAAUUUUGUUAUUUCCAUUGGAAAUCUGGAAAUCGAAAAUGGCCGGGCCAACCAUGAUUGGAUAUCAGCACAGUGUUUCAAAUAAAUAGGAAUUUCUAGAAUGUUGGCUAGUGGCGAUUGUAAAAUUGUUGCGCUUGAAAUUGAAUUUCCUGGUAUUCUCAUGCUCAAUUAGGCUGUUUUAAGCUACUAGUUUUGGAAUCACAAGUUAAAUAUUGUGCAAUGCAUUGUUUGUCAGACUGCUAUUGAAAUUGAACUUCACUACAAGUGGCGCGUUGCCCAGAAA